CGUCCGCUGUUUCGCGUCCAUUCGCGUCCAUUCUCGUCCCUAACCGAACCGCUUCUCCGGUCCGCUCCGCUGUAUCCUCCGUCCGUACGUCCGUGAACCACGUCCGUAGUCCGGGGUCACAUCAGUUUGGUAUCAGAGCCGAAGGUUCCUCACAAGGUCGUAUCUUUCCUUCCUUUACGUCCUUGUACGGUCAAGUUGAGUCUUGUUUAGAGUCUAGUCCGUUUGUAUAGAGUUUGUUCUUGCUAGGUGUUUAGUGUUCUUGAGCUGUUCUUCGUUUGGGUAGUUUAGAUCCAUAAAGUUGUGUUCUUUUGCUUGGUCGUUGUUAGUGGUGGCCUAAAGGCCACGUGUAGCGAGUAGAGUCCCAGCGCGUGAGGUCCGUUUUUGUUUUAGUCUUAGGUUGUCUUGUAGUGCUUUUACUUUUGCUUUUUGCUUUACCUUUUUCUAUCAUUAGCUGUCCAAGGUCUGUCUAUUUGUGUCGAUCCCAACAAACAGAGAAUCCACGCGUUCAUCUUUGUGUAGGGUCUGCUCGAACGGCCACGCGUCACAGAUCGUCCAUACCGCGACCAUCGCCCGUACCGCGACCGCCGUCCUUACCGCGACCGCCGUCCGUACCGCAACCGCCGUCCGUACUGCGACCGCCGUCCGUACCGCGACCGCCGUCCAUACCGCGACCGCCGUCCAUACCGCGACCGCCGUCCGUACCGCAACCGCUGUCCGUACCGCGACCGCCGUCCGUACCGCGACCACCGUUCGUACCAGUCGUCCGUACCGACGUCCGACCACCAUUGGUCGUCCGUACCUGACGUCCGUACCGAGGUCCGACCAUCGGCCGUCCGUACCAUUUGUCCGUACCGCCGUCCGACCACCAUUGGCCGUCCGUAUCGUUGAUCGUACGUAGUUCCAAGUCUGCGAUCGAUAGCCAAUGCUUGAUUCGACAUUGAUCAAGUAUGGAGCACGAAGAUCGUUAUUCCGAUGAUGAACCAUGGUACCAAGAACACCAUGGUAGUGAACCGGAACCAGAGGCUACCGAGGACGAACCAUGGUACGAUGAACACCAUGGUACUAACCCGGAACAAGAGGCCACCGAAGGCGAGUCAUGGUACGACAAACACCAUGGUACAGAUCCGGAACCAGAGACUUCUGAAGACGAACCAUGGUACGAAAGGGACUAUGAUGAAGGGCAUGGAAUACAGGACCACCAUUGGCCGUCCGCUACACAAGCCAUCCCUUAUCGCGAGUCAUGGCCAAAAGGUGACGAAGACUCCGAAGGCGAACGCUUGGGUCCUUACUAUGCGCCACCGCGAUAUCACCGAGAGCUGCAGAAGGAGUACCCGAGACGUACCCGCAAAGUUCCGACCUGGUCACCGUGCGGAUCAUCCAGCAAGUCAAGGGCGUACCGUACGCGAACACAAGAUCUUCCGAGCUGGUCACCCCGCGCAUCACCGGCCAACAAGUCCAGUCGCGGCCGAGCUAAAACCAAGCCAAGCAUUGUUGGACCUUGGGCUAAGUCAAGGGAACAAGCCCCAAGGACGCUGGUGUAUUCUCCCGGAGCAAUAAGUUUCAUGGACGAGUUGAUCUCUAUCCAAUCUCAACUCCAAUACCUUGGAGAAAUGUUGGGCCAAGUAGAGACAUCUUACACCCAUGGAGAAUCAUCGCGGAACCAACACUCGGCCCUUGUGUCUCCGCCAACGCUAGAUCCGCGACCAACUGCUAAUCCGGACCGUGAUGAGACACAUCGGAGACGACAUGAUCCGACCGUCCAAUGCCGUGAACUGCCCACACGGAACGAGGAACCAGCCCAAAGAGAAGUCCGUCCCCAGAUCAUACCCAGGCCGGAAAUGACAAGGACGCAACCGGACCAUGAACCGGACAAUAAAGAAGAUGUCAACGGCCUUGGAGGAAUCAUAGAGAAGCCAGCCGAGCCGCCGGAUCACCAAGCGCAUAUACUCGGUGGUACAAGCCCAGGCAAUCAAGCGAACAGCGGUCGACUCCUUACCGCUCCUGAUCGAGACCAAGCCGACCUUCGACUGCCAUGCUCGGAGCAGGCCAUGGUACAUGAAUCUUCAUCCAGGACGUGUAACGAACCACUAGGCGACGCCAAAGAAGAUUCUGACCGUGUGAUCAGUUCCCUAUCCGGUGCUCACUCGGCAAUGGGGAGUUUCAAGCUCAAGGAGUCACCGAAGAUGGCCAUUGAUGGAUUUUUGCACUCGGUAAUGUUCAUGACUACUUCAGGUAGUAUGCUCCAGCUGGGAGUUGCCAAUACCGUGCCACCCUUCUCCAUCCAGAGCGCCGAGGCCGUCACCGCACAAGGACCUACGGCCAAUCAUCUUUGCCACUUCUGUGCGGACCAAACCUUUGUGUGGCAUCCAGGAGAGUCCCCACAAGCAACCAAGGUUCAUGAUGGGAUAGGAGCGACCAAUACUGCUGGCCUUACCGGGGAAGUCUUAUCCUUUUCUCUUAAGGCCUUAUUUUUUCCUUUUGUCCCGGUAAAAUUAGACCUUGGUUGAACUUUUGAUGCUGCUGAUUUGGUUUCCUUUUUGAUCCAGGUUUUGGACAGAGUUUUGAGGUCAAAACCUUUUCAAGAGGGAGGGAAUGAUGGAACCCGGGUCAUGACCGUACCGCGGUGAGAACCGGUACAUUGGUACCAUCGUCUAGCAGCUCGCGUAGGAGCAUCAAAGUCGGUCCAGAACAUCAACGCGGCA